AUGAUGUGUUUGGCCUCACUGACAAGACCUGACAUGAAUUAUCUGGAGCCUAGUCUUUUCCAGUAUUCUGAUACGCAAGGUACCAGAAGCUUCAGAGAAGAAAUUGCCAAAUUUCUAACUCACUAUGCCAGAGCUGCAGAAGAACUGAAUCCGGAAUAUAUAACUGUUAUGAAUGGCUGUUGUGCUGUUUUUGCUGCUCUGUCAACUGUAUUGUGUGACCCUGGUGAUGGAUAUCGCAUUCCGGCUCCAUACUACGGUGGUAUAAAUUCAAAAACAUGGCUAUAUGGCGGAAUACAGCCUGUUCACGUGCCCUUGUUCAGUGAGCUUUACAUGGAAAGAUGUAUCUGCCACAUAAAAUGUGUAACAUUCGAUCCGCCUUUAAAAGCUCAAAAGUCACCCUUCCAGUUAACAGCUGAAAAAUUAGAAGAUGCAUUACAAAGAGCUAAAAAGCAGGGUGUCCGAGUCAGAGCGUUUAUCCUGAUCAACCCGCAGAACCCAUUAGGGGACAUUUACCCAGCACAGUUACUGAAAGAGUGUCUGGAGUUUGCGCACAGGGUUGAGCCCUGAUAUGAAUUGCAUGUACUAAUGGAUGAAAUAUACAUGCUGUCUGUUUAUGAUGAUACCACCUUCACCAGUGUUCUUAGCUUAGAUUGUUUACCGGAUCCAGAACGGACACAUUUUAUGUGAGGUUUUAGCAAGGAUUUCUGUAUGAGUGGUAUCAGAGUCGGAGUAUUGUACACCAGAAAUCAUGGAAUUCGGAAGGCUGUGAAUCAGCUGGCUGUCUUCCAUAGCUGUCCCGGACCUGUCCAGCACUUUCUCAGUCAGUUCCUUGGGGACAGAGAUUGGUUGGCUAAUGUAUUUAUUCCCACCAACAAAAAGCGACUUAAAGAAGCACAGAGUAUUCUUGUGGAUGGGCUGACAGAUGUUGGGAUACCUGUGCUCAAAAGUUCAGGAGGACUCUAUGUGUGGGCAGACUUCAGAAAGUUCUUAAAAUCACAGACAUUUGAAGCUGAACUUGAAUUACGGCAGAAGCUUCUUGAUAAAAAACUCCUGACUAGCCCUGGAAAAGCUUUUUAUUGUUAUGAACCUGGAUCAUUUAGACUGGUUUUCUCCGAUUCUGUGGAUAAGAUUCACUUGUGUAUUCAGAGACUAGAGCAAAUAUUGCACAGUUACGCUGCUGAGCUGGUCACAAACAAUACAGCUUUUACUGCAGAUGCUUUAUGCAGUUCAGAAAAAGAUUCUUCAGGCAAACCCUCAAACACACCAGGAAAAGAUGUCUCCCAGAUAAAAAAUAUACUUGUUUAUUAA